AUGGAGACGGAGGGCAGCGGCAGCAGGAGCGAAGACAUUGGGCCAACCAAGACCAGGUCCCCUACUUUGGGCGAGGGAUCCCUCGGGAGCAGCUCCUCCUCGUCGUCGGUACUUAACUCGUGGACCAUUUUGCCGGUGGUGGUAAAGGAGGAGGAAAAGGAUGAAGAAGACCUGGAGAAGUCCGAGGAGUUGACGGAUUUAAGGCCGAGCAGUCGAGCGGAUAGGCAGAAAAACGAGAGAUGCAACAGGAUUGCGGCGGCGGCCGAGGAUCCACAGGCGGAUGACAUUUCCGAUGGUAUUUCGAUAAUCAGCGACUGCGAGAGCACCGAUCGCAUCUCACCCAAUCUCUUUCUGCGCGAGCCCUUACUUGGUGACCUGGGUUUCGGAGGAUUGGAUUUGCCAACGAGUCCCGUUGAACUGAUCUCAGACCAUCACCAGCAGCAGCAGCAGCUAAAGGAAUAUCCUGAGAGGGAGCGGAACCUGGAGGAUUCUACUACAAAUUCAAACAUUGUGCGCUCCAAGUUGGAAAUUGCACUGCCACCUUUGGUGCAGAAUGGUUUGACCGCCUUCUUCUAUGUGGCCGCCACUUUGGCCAUUCUGGCCUUUGUCGGCAAGCUCCGCAAUCCGGAAUGGCAAGUCCUUGGCGAGGAGAAGCCACAGCUGGUCGAACUGGAGCGUCGUGUCGGUGAACUGGAGCUGCAAAAUAAUCUCCUACGCGCCGAAAUCGAUAUAAUGUCCAAGAAACUGCAAUAUCUAAGUGGAACUGGAUCUAAUCAGGAUGUACCGAUGCAACAGCGACCGGGACCAGGUCGUCCCAAGGGCAAGACCUUCAAGGCCUGGCCAGGCAAUGGUGACUCCGUUCGACCCGUGGACAUAACCAAGGACGACCUAAAGCAACCGUUUCAAUGCCCCGAUGGUCAGUUCGUUGAGAUCGCUGGCAUGUGCUUGGAGAACAACAGAGAGCCUUUGGAUACGCUUACGGAUGAGAUCGGUAAUGCGGUCAACGAUGUUUUGCAGCAGUCGGGAGCCUUUCACAAGUUUGAAAAGAUCACCGAGAAGCUGGGCGGCGAAAACGACGAAAAUGUUGAUGCAAAAAAUGAUGGUGCAAAAGGAGGCAUUAACAGAGGAGCAACUUCCCAUGGCCAGUCAUCGAAGCUGGCGGAUGGUUCGAAAGAGCGUUUUAGGCCAAAGUACAACUCGCACGAGAGAAAGAAUCGGCAUCAGGAUCAGAAUCACUCCAAGGAGUAUGGCAAAAGGAAAUACUACGAUCAGUCGUCCUCCAAUCGAGGAGGGGGGCGCUAUAAUAAAAAGUCCAAGGACGACUCCAAUGAAAACAGCAAGGAAAAGGAAAACGAUAGCGGCAGUGGCGAGUGGCACGAACGCAUGAUGCAACAGCGGGAAAACGCUCGACACAAGCACGCCCAGAAGCGAAAUAAUAACAAUUGGUAUAUCGAAAGGGGCGAUAGUCGCGAACAGAUGCGUUCCGGGGAGACCAAACGCUGAAUUGAAUAUCCAGAUCCAUCAUCUCAUCAAGACGAUGACCUCUUAGUCUUAAUCUCAAUCUUAAUCCCCCCCCCCACAAAAAAAAGGAAGGAAGAUAGGAACUUUUGCCACUGAGGUCACAUACAUAUUUUAAUCCCAAGAUAUAUAUUAUAUAUAUAUAUCCUUAAGGACAACGUGUGCUACUAAGUAAGGCGCAACACACCGAACUUGCGCUGGUUCCUAACUAUAUACAUGUUAUAUAUACAACAUAUUUUGACAAUGUUUCUACAGGGUGUUUCUUCGAAAUUCAAGGACUUUGACACAGGACACCCUGUAGCACCGGAGCUUCAGCAAGUGCUUAAUAUUUAUUUAUUUUUAUCUACAAAUACCUACGUUUUUGGCUGCGUCAUAAGCUAGCAUUAUCCCAUUGUAACCCCGAUUUCGCAAUGUAUGUUCAGUAUAUGUACAGUUUCAAUAGUCAGUGUUAAAACUAGUGUAUCGCAUUUUUAAUGGAAACAUCAUCGUACAUUUCGCACACAUUUAACUAUCAGUUCUGCAAGCAAUAUAAAGAGAAAUGUAUAUGCAACUCGAGUUAAAUGUGAGCAAUGUCUUUGCAUAAUAUCGGUUCCUCCCUACUUAAAGGUGUGAUUCUUUUACUAAGUUCCAGCUCAACCUAAGAGACAGACCGUCAGUAACGAAAAAAUCAAUUUCCUUUCAACGAGAGUACGUGUAUAUCAAAUGAUCCUUUUUGAAACAUUAGAUUUCGCUAAAAUUAUGUAUUUAUAUAUACUAUACAUACAUAUAUAUAUUUGUGAUACCUAUACUAAUAUUUUUUUUUAGUCUAGAAAAAUAAAUUAUUGUACCAUAUUAGGUAUUCCUGGAAAGCCAAUUUAAAAAAAGAAAAAAAAAUUAAAAUAAAUAAAAAAGGAAAUUUAAUGGAACAGAAAUCCAUAUUUUUGUAUGCAUGUUCUUUCAAAAUCUAAGCAUUAUAUAUAAAUACAUGUGUAUAAUUGUGUACCCAAAAUGUUUUGCGAUGAAAUAAAAUAAAAUAUCCUUAAA